GCUAUUACGACAGUGCCUCUGUGAUUUUUCCCGCCGUCGUAUUUAUUUUAUUCCUCACAACAAGAUGCAGACGUGGGUGUUGGUGGUAUGCACAGCUGCACUGGCGGCGCUAGCUACCGCGCAAAAACCUGGACGUUUCUUGUCUCUGCCUGUACCGCAGAAGUGCGCAAACAGACCAAAGGAAUUCUUUUACCAGGGCCACCACUACUUCUACACCGGACAUGUUCCCGCGCUGGCCAACAAGAAGUUUGAUUGGUUGGACGGACGCAACGUCUGCCGUGAAUACUGUAUGGAUCUUGUUUCUAUGGAAACUCAGGAAGAAAACAAUUUGAUCUUCAAGCUUAUCCAGCAGAAUGAUGUUCCCUACAUUUGGACUUCGGGACGCCUUUGCGAUUUCAAAGGAUGCGAAUCCCGUAAAGAUCUUGAACCCAAGAACAUCUUAGGAUGGUUCUGGUCUGCAAACAGGGAAAAGAUGUCCCCGACUAACCAGAUCCCUAACGGUUGGGGGUACAACCCAUGGUCGCAGACCGGUCACAAGAAACAACGCCAGCCUGACAACGCCGAAUUCGAUAUCAACGGCACUACAGAAUCCUGCAUGAGCGUCCUCAACAACGUUUACAACGACGGCAUCGCGUGGCACGAUGUCGCAUGCUACCAUGAAAAGCCAGUCGUAUGCGAGGAUUCCGAAGAACUUCUCAAUUACGUCGCAAGCACAAACCCAGGACUCCGUCUGUGAUCAUUCCAAACCCGCUACUUAUAAGUUAUUAUCAGAAUUCAGUAGGCAAUAUUCAAAUUAUUUUAAAUUCAAGGAAGGUACCAUUUGGCGCUAUUACACUUUGAGAAUCGUGGACUUGGUAAUUUGACCAGCCAACAUAUUAUAAAGAUUAUAAAUAUUAUUGUAAAGUACUGUCUUGAAUGUAACUAUUUAAUACAGCUGAUAAGCUACAACAUCGUACUUCGUCGCGUAUGUUCUUUGUGCUGUUUUAGGAACUUGCCUUAAAAUUAUUGUUUUGAGUUUGAGAUCUCUUCCAAACGCACUGCCCGAAUUCCGUCGUACAUACAUACAUAUUAUAGCAUAAUAUUAUUAAUUUAAGAAUAAUGUAAGUUAAGUAAGUAUAUUUACUUAAGGGAAUAAUUUCUAUUUGUAUAUAAAAUAAAAUUUG